AUGCUGGAGGUACUGACUGGCCUGAACCCGUCGGCGGCGGAUGCGAAGGCGCCCGGCGGCAUCGCCUUCCCGGUGGAGGAGCGCCUGGCACCGCAGCAGCCAGGUGCCAUCGACCGGUGCUGCCGCGCGCUGGAUGCCUGCGCCUCCUGGCCUGCGCAGCUCGGUGCCGAGUUCGGCACCCUGGCGCUCCGGGCCGUGCACGCCCACGACGAGCGCAGCCGCCCCGUCUUCGUGGAGGUCGUGCGCUCGCUGCGGAGCAUGGCGGCGCGGAACCCGCCCGGCGCGGCGGCGGCGCCCCUGCAGACGGCGCAGCGGGGGCCCGCGGCACAGGCGCUGGCGGCGGGCCCGGCGCCCCCGGCCUCGCCCCAGCAGCCGCAGCGCUGCCUGGUGCGGUCGCCGGCGCAGUCGCCCGGCGGAGGGGCGCCGUCUCCGGCGGGCGCCCAGGAGGCGCCCGUGGCCCCCGCGACGCCAGUGCGGCCCGCCGUCGCCAACGGCCCCACGGAGGCCCUCGACCCCGAUUUCUUCCUGGAGCUCGUGGCGGCCCACGGCCAGGCCGCGGAGGCCGUGUCGCCGCUGCUGCGCCAGCUGCCCCUGGCCGCGGCGGCCGGCUGCCUGCCCGGGCCCGACGGCAAGGUGACGCAGCAGAUCGGCCGCCACCACCAGGCAGAAUUCUUCGAGGCCUGGCUCCCCGACGUGUCCUCGCGCAGCUGCGUGUCGCGGAAGGCCAUCGAGGUGUCCUGGGCCCCGGGCGCCGACGAGGCUUGGCUCACGGCCUGUGGCACGAACCCCGUCUCGGUCGACGGCAAGGUCGUCCAGAAGGGGGCCGGGGCGGCGCUCCGGCCUGGCUCCGACAUCAUCUUCUCGUACGAGCUGAAGGUGCUCCUCCGGCUGCGCUUCGUCGCCUGCGGCCCGGUCGUCACCGAGGCUCCCGCCGUGGCGGCGGCGCAGCGCGGCUGCCAGGAGGUGGACGCAGAGGGCAGGUGGUCCGCCUGCAGGAGCCUCCAGCUCUCCGGUGAGGACCUGCAGGAGAUGCUCUCCUCCCGGAUGGUUGUGCUGGAGGGUUCAGUGAAUGACGCCAUCAACAGGCUGAACGCCGGGCUCGUUCCCGAUCCCGGCGCCUACUGCGCGGUGUACUCGGCGACGAAAUCGGCGUACUACCUGCUCUACCAGGCGGGCAUGAAGGACAGGGCCUUCGCCUGCUUGGGCGUCGCGGGCGGCGAG